GUGGUCAAUAGUUUAAUCAAUAUUCAUACACCAAGCACAGAGGUCGUGAUGGUUUUCUCUAAUAAAGUGGUUAUAUUAACUGGUGCAAAUUCUGCAUUAGCAGCAUCUACUGCAACACUUUUAUCUGGUUAUGGAGCUCAAUUGGUAUUAGUCAGUAGCAAUCCGGAUGAAGUUAAAAAGUUAUCGGAUGAAUUGAUAAGACCUCACGGUAAAAUUCCUUUAUUGAUAAUCGCUGAUGUUUCAAAAGAAGAAGACGUAAAGAAAGUUGAAAGAGAAACUCUUAAUCAUUUUGGUAAAGUCGAUGUCAUUAUAAACGCCUCAUGUGGAAUGGUAUCCGAUUGUAUUCUGAAACCAGAUCUGAAGGCAUUUGAUGAAAAUAUAAAUUUAAAUCUGCGUUCCAUGUAUAUAAUGACUACAACGUUCGCACGACAUCUAAUGAAAUCUAGAGGAAACAUUGUCAAUGUCGGAAGUAUUUUUAUUGAUACAGUAUUCUCUGGUCACGUUACCUACAAUAUAGCAAAAGCAGGCAUUGAAUAUUUAACGAAAACAUCCGCGUUAGAAUUGGCGAAUAAAGGUAUCAGAGUGAACUGCGUUAAACCAGGUUUUACGGAAUUCAACGUCACACCAAAGCUGUAUAAAUGUGAAGACAAAAAGCCUUGGGAAGAUGUGACAAGAAUGGUUCCGCUUGGAAAGUUAAUAAAUGGAAGAGAUAUCGCAGAAGCUAUAAUUUUCUUAGCAAGCGAUAAGGCGAAAAAUAUAACCGGUACCAGUAUUACUAUAGAUGGUGGGUUAGCUUUGAGUGGUACCACUACCAUUGAUAAGAUUCGAUCUGCUUUUGAUUAAUAACAAAUGAAGUAAUAUAUAAAAAAUGUGUAUAGAAGUCUGAGAUAAUUUUGCUAUCAUUAAUUGAAUGAUGAUGAUGAAAAUUUGUAUAACGUUUUGCUUUAACUAUAAAUUAACCCUUGAAUAAUAACGAAAUCAUCUCACUUUUUACCUCACGCUCUCUCUUUUAGCGAUCUUGGAAGAGAUCACUUAUAAGAGUUAAGACAGUCAACGAGUACGUAUGUCUUUUUAUGAUGAUAUGAAUCAUAUAAAGGUUUUCAUUGUGCAUAAAUAAUAUUAUAUUGAUUACAAAUGGGAUUAAAGGGUAGAAGUGCAGAAUUUCGGGCGCA